CGCCCUACGAUAUCGUGUGUAGGCUGAUAAGGAUCCGUUUAUUCUAUUUGUGCUUCAUCCCAAGGAAGCAUUAGCUGCAAAAUAUUACACGUGUCAGUCUAAGCAUAGCUCGUCAUUUUUACCGGCAACCUGCCAAUUUUCAUCCAGCAAGGAAAGAAAAUGGGAUAUUGCACCUUUUUUGCCAUUACCUUAUUGUUGAAGAUAGUUGCAGGAAAUGAGGCUGAUGCAGGCACUAGUCAAGUGGUAAAACUUGAUGGUGACAACUUUUCUACAGAAUUAUCAAAAAAUCACCACUUUGUUAUGUUUUUUGCACCAUGGUGUGGUCACUGUGAACGUUUAAAACCAACAUGGGCUGAGCUAGCUAGUACUGUUCAGUCAAAAGUAGAUGAGAAAGUGGUAAUUGCAGAAGUAGAUUGCACUACAGCAACUUCCCUUUGCUCCCAACAAGAUGUCACUGGCUACCCAACGUUGAAAUUCUUCUCUAAAGGAGUAACAGAAUCACAGCGCCAUAGAGGUCCAAGGGACCUUAGUUCAUUGUUGAGCUUUAUUAAAGAAACGCUAGGAUUACCAGAUAAUAAAGAGAAGGUUGUUGAAACUAACACUGAGCCUCUUAAGGGUGCUGUGGACCUUUCUGAAGAUAAUUUUCACGAGCAUGUUGCCUCUGGAGAACACUUUGUGAAAUUUUUUGCUCCGUGGUGUGGGCAUUGCCAAAAAAUGGCGGGUACUUGGGAUAGUCUUGCCCAAUCAAUUGGACAUGACAACAGUGUUACUAUCGGAAAGGUUGACUGCACUCAGUCUCGUAACUUGUGUAAUGAAUUCGACGUUAAGGGAUAUCCUACGCUGCUUUGGAUUAAAGACGGAAAGAAAGUUGAAAAAUACCAAGGAACGAGAACCCACGAAGAUCUUAAAGCUUUUAUUGAACGAAUGAAAGGCGGCGAUGGUGAGGCUGCUGAAGCAAAAACUGAAAAGACAACUGUGACUGGUUCUAGUCCUGUUGUUCAGCUUGUGGACUCCAAUUUUGAAAAUGGAAUAGCAUCAGGAGUUACCUUUGUAAAAUUUUAUGCACCAUGGUGUGGUCAUUGCAAAAGGAUGUCACCUACGUGGGACGAAUUGGGAACUAAAUUUGUCGGCAAAGCUGGAGUAAAAAUUGCCAAAGUUGACUGCACUGAGGGAUCGAACCGCCAGCUCUGUGCCGACCAAAAGGUCAAUGGUUUCCCCACAAUGUUCCUCUAUUCAAAUGGUGCAAAGGUAGAGGAAUACGAUGGAAACCGCAGUUUAGACGACAUGUAUUUUUUUGUCGCCAAACUUUUGAAUGAAAAGCAGGAGAAAGAUGAGCUUUAGACAUGUGUUUACCUCAAGUAAUAUACUCGUUAUAUACUUUUAAAAAGUAAAAAAGGUUGAAAAAAAAAGUCGGUUCUGGUUUAUUUCAAUCAACUGUCAUGUUACAGUGUAACUUGUAGGAAACAAGCGGAAGUGAAAGCUGCAACCCAACACUAGCUAUACCGCCCACCUCCCUUAGUUUUUUUUUUGCGUUUAAGGGAUCAAUUUUCUACAGGAAAGCAUGUUCAACUUUUGAAGAAAAAAAGAAUGUUGGCGUAUCUUGGUACAAAGUUAACUUCUAUAACUUUCCCCGUUAAGAGUCCUGAUCUAUACAUAUUACCUCCUAUGUAUUUAAAACCGUGCAUAAUAAUUGUGGGAGCAUUUAUGUAAAGGAGUUACUUUCAUUGUAUUUUAAAAUGGCAGUGUCAAUUUUUAUGCUUAAAAGCUCUAGGGUGCUAUGACUGCUUACAAACCAAGCGAGAACGGGAUCUUCCAUUUUUAUAACCUAAAUUGGCAACGGUGCUCUCUUUUUUAAUGCUUUCGUCUGCUGGCACCUAAAUGGCAACGGUGCGCUCUGUUUUAAUGCUUUCGUCUGCUAUCAUCUAAAUUGGCAACGGUGCCCUCUGUUUUAAUGCUUUCGUCUGCUAGCACCUCGUGUCAAUCGCGGUUCGCAUUGUGAAGAGUGGAUAUGUUCACGUGGUUCAUAAGAAGCCUUGCAAUUUAAUGAACGAAUGUCAUAAAUGCUUUAAA